ACGCGCGUUCCAUCAAAUUGGCAUUUGGAAUGAGUGGUAUAUUGUGUUGUGUACAUAUUAUAUACAUAUUUUUUUUUUUGUUUUCGCAGGGGAGAGAAAAAAAAUAUAUAAUCAUACCGAAGCGAUGACAGGGAGGAGGAGGACGGCGUGGCUGCUCAUGCUGGGCCUUAUGCUGCUCAGCUGCCAGGAGAUUCUGGGGAGGCGAGGCAGGGGCCGGGGCAGGAGCAAAUCGAGGGUUCAGAUCGGUCUGCCCAUCACCGGCAAAUACCGCGAUCCCGAGAGCGAUCAGUAUUACAACAACCAGCACGGAGCCAAAAUCUUGCUGGCCUCGCACUUUGACUUGGAGUACGUGCUCGGGCACAAGAUAGCUUUUUUGUGCGUCGCCCGUGGAACGCCCAGGCCGCACAUUACUUGGUACAAGGACGGCAACGAGAUAUACAUGCAUCUCUACCUGCACGUGCACGAGUGGUUUUUGGGCAAAGACCAAGUGAAAUCGAAGCUCGAGAUCGAUCCGGCGACGCAGAUGGACGCCGGGGUCUACGAGUGCACGGCCGACAACAUGUACAGCAUCGACCGUAGAUCCUUCAAGACUGACUUCUCCAUCGCUUUCGACUAAA